GGGGUUGGUUCGGUCUUGGAAAUCCGAGGGAAUUUUGAAAUAUUCAUUUGGAGCAGUCAUAUGAAAAUAGUCAUCCCCUGGAUAAAAGUUCUUCACAAAUCACAUGUCCUGCCACAACUUGCGCUGCCUGUCUGUAUUCUCUCUUUCUCUUCACUUUAUCAUUUCUCAGAACUCUCUCAUUUCAUGAUGUGUUUGUCUGUUUUCUGUGGGAUUUAGCUUCUUAAAAGACAUUUCUUUGGACUCUGCCAUGUCUUGAUCCCACAAUUCCUAACUUCUUCUGAAUUAAUUGCUUAUUAUUGCUGACUUUCUUAGUUGUUUCUGCUUAUCCCACCCAAAAACAAUCAUUUUCCAACCACUUUCUUGCAGUCACCGGAAUUUUAAAAGGGCUCAUGUGAACAUGCUUAGUGUUUCUUGUCAGAAGGGCUCUGGUUCUUGCAGCAAAUUUUGUUGAAUAAAGAGCGAUCCUUUGUGUUAUUUUCCCUUAAUUUUGGCAAUGCCUCCUACCUACUUCCCGUUGAGAUGGGAAAGCACUGGAGAGCAAUGGUGGUUUGCUUCUCCCAUUGAUUGGGCAGCUGCAAAUGGGCAUUAUGAUUUAGUGAAAGAGCUUCUUCACAUUGACUCCAAUCUUCUCCUCAAACUAACCUCUCUUCCAAGAAUCCGACGGCUCGAAACCUUGUGGGACGAUGAAGAUGGGAAGUUCGACGAUGUAGCCAAAUGCCGUUCCCAGGUGGCAAAAAAACUCCUCCAAGAAUGUGAAACAAAGAAAGGGUAUAAUUCUUUGUUCCGGGCUGGCUACGGCGGUUGGCUUUUGUACACCGCCGCCUCAGCCGGGGAUGUGAUUUUUGUGAAGGAAUUGUUGGACAGAGACCCACUUUUGGUGUUUGGAGAAGGGGAAUAUGGCGUCGUUGAUAUACUCUACGCCUCCGCUAGGAGCACGAAUUGCGAGGUCUUCAAGUUGCUGUUUGAUUAUACUGUCUCUCCAAAGGGGCAGCAAAAAGAGAUUUCCCCGGUUUUCCGGUGGGAGAUGGUGAACAGGGCGGUUCAUGCGGCCGCGAGAGGCGGCAAUUUGGAGAUUUUGAGAGAACUUUUGGGGGAUGGCUCUGAUGUUUUGGCUUACAGGGAUGCUCAGGGAUCCACAGUUCUGCAUACCGCCGCCGGCAGAGGGCAGGUUAAGGUAGUUAAAAGUUUAAUAUCAUCUUAUGACAUCAUUGGAUCAGUGGACAGUCGAGGUAACACAGCCUUAAAUGUGGCGGCGUACAGGGGGCACUUAACUGUGGUGGAGGUUCUUGUAUCUGUGUCACCUUCUUUACCAUCAUUAACGAACAAUUAUGGCGAUACUUUUCUUCACAUGGCAAUUGCUGGUUUUCGUGCCCCAAGUUUCAGACGACUGGACCGACAGGUAGAGCUCCUGAAACAGUUGGUUGGAGGGAGCCUCAUAAACAUUGAAGACAUAAUCAAUGUCCAGAACAACGAUGGAAGAACUGCUCUUCACAUGGCUGUAAUAGAGAAUAUUCAAUCUGAUAUUGUCGAGCUGCUGAUGUCAGUUCGUUAUAUAGAUUUGAAUAUUCGUGAUGCUGAAGGAAAUACCCCCCUCGAUCUCCUGAAGCAACGACCACGAUCAGCCUCUUCCGAGAUUUUAAUCAAGAAGCUGGUUUCGGCCGGAGGAAUUUCCAAUUAUGAAGAUCAAACAGCAAGGAACACUCUUGCUUCCCAUCUGAGAAUGCAUGGAAUUGGAGGCAGUCCAGGGACUUCUUUCAGAAUUCCUGAUGCAGAAAUCUUCCUGUACUCUGCAACCGAAGAUACGUGUCCUUCCAGUUGUGAAUUCACCAGCUCAGAGAAUGGGUACUCAGGUGAAAUUGAAGCCAUAAGAUCAACUUCUGAAUCAAACUCGUCCAAGAACAAAAAGUUCAGUUCUAUGAGCAGUGCCACCCAACGUCUCCGGAUUCUUCUUGGUUGGCUAGGGAAGAAAGAGAAGAAAGGAGACAUUUCCGACUUGGAAGAUAACUGUUCUGUCAAGUCGUGUAGAGUGUGUUCAAGUUCGAAAAAUAGCCCAGUCCCACUCAGGCAGCAGUUUUCGGGACUAUCGUCACUCCCGAGCAACAAAAGGAUACUGUCUGUUCAAGGUAAUCUUCCAAGUCCAUCACACAAGAGGAGAUUUGGCAAGGGUCUAACGCCCAGUGGUAGACAAGUGCUGCCAAAAUCGAACCUUGGAUCUCCUUCAAGUGCAUUUUCUGGAUCGUCAUGGUCAUCCCCAGUUUCGGUUGAUGAUAAACGAAAGAAUAGAAAUCUUGAGGACAGGAGUGCAGGGCCGUCCAGCUUGAAUCAGUCUCCUAAUCUUGGAAAGCUUAAGCGUAAGCAUAGUUCAUUCAACUUGAGGUUGAUGAACAACUACUUCUGUUUUGGUGCUCAAGGUCUAGCUGUCAAGAACUCGAUUAACUCCCAACAACAAUGCCGGAAUCAACAAAGUUUAGUCGUGUAAUAGUUUGAUGGCGUGCAAUUGAUAGGGAGUCUCAGAUUUCCAGAUCCCAGUAACAAAAAGUCUGUAAGUUGGAUCCUAUAUGGGCCACAGUUGUGAUUGUCCUAAAAUCCUGAUGUUGUCUAAAGAUAAUCUGUUAAUGUAUCUGAUUGUAUGGUGUCCUAAGUUUUUGCACUAAUUACAAAAUGUUAAUGUUAUCCCCCUCUGGAUAUUGAUUGA